CUCAGCUAUCCUGCUUCAUGCCACAGGCUCCAGGUGAGCUCCAGCAAAGCUAAAAAAAGUCAGGUGAGCACCUCCGCACAGCAGACCAUCUUCUUCCUUUCUUUCUUGGACAGAAGAGGAGCUGCUUCACAUUGAGGUUGGCCUCACUCCACAGGCACAGACUAGCUGGCCAAGAAGAGCACAUGAGCUCGGCAAAACAAUUCCCAAUUCCCUCCUCCCUGCCGGAAAAACACAGUCACAACACAGAGGUGCCGGUCUGUACUUCAUCUUUACUAUGCGUUUCCACUUUUAGACUACGUGCCGUUUUAUCUGCGUUGUGUUUGUGUCAGUUUGAGUUUUCCUGGCUCCCUCUGUGUUUGAGGAGGAUGGGGGGAGAGGUAGAGGAAUAAAUCAGCACUGCGUAACGCGGAAUGAACAGACCGGGAGAAGAGACCUGAGGACAUGGAAGGAAUGUAAUGAAAAAAAACAAUAAUAAAAAAACAAAUCAAGAGACGGCAAAGAGUUGUCAAUCAAACACAAGAGGGAGCAAUACGAGGAGAGGGGACGGUGCAUUUGGAAUAAAAAGGAAAGAAGGAAAAGAAAAUAGAGAGAAAGAAACAGACGGAAAAGUAAGAGAAAGUCCGGGUUUGUCUGGAGAUCUGGGGUUGUCCUGAGAGAUGCGCUGUAUCAUGCGCCUGGUGAUCCUAGUGACAUUGGCACUGCGCCCUGAGACGGGCAUGGGAGGCCGAGCCCAGCGAAAGCAGCGAUUGGCUGAAGAGAGGCUGCGACCAUACCUGGGUCGGGUCAGUCCAGAGGACCUGUGUGAUGUCAUGACGUGUCACAGUCCCAUUGGCUCCUGGUGUCAGGUGGUCACGGACGGCAGCGGAGCCCUGGUCCCCAAGUGUGUAUGUCCCCAGACAUGUCCUCGCCGGGGGGCGCCAGUGUGCAGUGCACUGGGGAAGACCUACGCCAGCGAAUGCCUACUGCGCAAAGAGUCCUGUCGAAAGAGGCGUCGCACUGGGAUAGCUCACACGGGUCCCUGCGUUGUGCCCCGGGAGGUGUGCACAGACAUAGAGCUGGGGCAGUUCCCCUACAGACUGCUGGACUGGUUCCUGCUCCUGAGCCGCAUGGGGGGGUCCCACGCCUCGGCCCCCCCACCACAGAGCUGCCUGAGCCACGCCCAACGCACAGCUCUGGCCCAGCGAUGGUUCGCUCAGUUGGAUCGGAACGGCGACGGGAAGCUCAGCCGCCGGGACCUGAGGAAGCUGCGCUACAAGCAGAUGCCCCUGGAGCGUUGCGCUCGCAGGUUCCUCCGGUCUUGCGACUCUGACAGGAACAGGAAGGUGACCCUGCAGGAAUGGACCGGCUGUCUGGUGGACCGCUCAGAGAGAUGGUUCCAGGACUUCAUGUCAGUCAAGAUGGGGUCCCAUAAGCUCUGUCCUGUCUCCAUACCUCGCCUUUAACCACCGGUGAAGAACACCUGCUCGCCACUCCUUUCUGCCGUCGCUCACAAGACCGUCGACGGUCUCACAAGUACACACUGCAAGCUGCUGCUGGAUAUGUAAAAUAUGACAUUACUGCUUGUUGACAACAUUUUGCCAUUCAUGGUACUGUUAUUUUUCUAAUAAAUCGCCUGGCCUACUUCCUGUG